UACUUGGAAAAAUUGAACCUUUGUUGUGCAGAAAACUGUGGAACAUGGCUACAAUGAUGAAACCAGGCGUCAUUUGCACCCUAAAUUCUCACCUCAACGAGCUUCCUCUUUUAGAUUCGAGCUCGAUCCAUCUAAAGCUCAGAGAAUCUGGGUUCUCUCACCGCAAUGUGAAUCUAAAACAGGCCAGAAAUGCGUCGCUUGUUCCCGUCAUAAGAGCCCAGAGCUCCCCUGAUUAUUUCCCGGACUCCCAGUUUUACAAAGUGGAAGCAAUUCUAAGGCCUUGGAGGGUUCCGCAGGUUUCUGCGGCCCUACUUAAAAUCGGUAUCCGCGGUGUUACCAUAUCUGAUGUUCGGGGCUUUGGUGCUCAAGGUGGUUCAAAAGAGAGACACGGUGGCUCUGAAUUUGCUGAAGACAAUUAUGUUGCUAAAGUUAAAAUGGAGAUUGUAGUGAUCAAAGACCAGGUUGAAGCAGUAGUUAGCAAGAUAAUUGAGGAGGCAAGAACUGGAGAAAUUGGUGAUGGCAAGAUUUUCUUGGUGCCGGUCUCAGACGUAAUUAGAGUUCGCACUGGGGAGCGCGGAGAGAAGGCGGAGAAGAUGACCGGAGGGCUAUCUGACACAUCCUCUACCUCUGCUGUGUGACCCAUUUGGGUUAAACUGAGUCAUCACAUUUGAGUAUCCACUUUUCCCUUGUCUAUUAAAGCUUAGAAGACUGAUUCUUUUGUUUUGUCAAUGUUAUGUGGUUGGAAGUGAAAAAUAAGGUGUAAUACUAGUCAUGUAGCUUCUCUCUAAGAACGCAAUCAUUGGAAUAUAAUCCCGUAGUUAUGUUGCAAUAAUGUAGUUAGCUUCGGUAAGCCUGUAUUGUAUCAAUCAAGAGGGGGAUUGUGAAUUUCAUCAUCCAAACUUUGGCCUGUA